CAAAUUUAUCACUUACUGGGAACUCUGUUACCACUACCUGAUGCAGAUCAUCAAUUUUUACAAAUUUAUUUUAUGGGCAAUUCAGAUGCGGAAAUUAAUAAUCGUUGUGCUCACAAUCCAACAGUGAAGAGAACCAUUGUCCAACAAUUACAAAUGUUUCUUCAUCAGAAUAACAAUUUAGUAAACAUGUUCAAAAUAGCAUUGGAUCGGAUGCCAUCUGAUAGCCAUAACAUUAUUAUUCGAGCUGACAAAACACCUGCCGGUGAACACACAAGGAGGUUCAAUUCACCUACCAUUGAUGAAGUGGCUGUUGUCAUUGUGGGAGAAAAUUUACAAUCUAGAGAUAUUGUGCUUCAUCGUCGGAAUAGUGCUUUAAAACGUGUAUCUGAAACACACAGGAGUUAUGAUGCACUACAAUAUCCUUUGAUCUUCUGGCAGGGGGAAGAUGGAUACCAUUUUAAUAUCAAAAUGGUAAAUCAAGUAACAGGUGCUGAAACCAACAAAAAAGUUAGUUCUAUGAAUUUCUAUUCAUACAGACUCAUGAUCCGUCAAGGUGAAGUAAAUCAUAUUUUGAUGUGUCAACGACUUUUUCAUCAGUUUGCAGUUGAUAUGUAUGUCAAAAUUGAGACUGAACGAUUGACAUACAUCCGUUUGAACCAACGACGGCUACGGUCAGAGGAAUACAUUCAUCUCCGCGAUGCUAUAAAUGCUGAUGGCAAUGUGAAUAAUGUAGGAAGAAUGACAAUUUUGCCAGCUACUUAUAUAGGAAGCCCACGCCACAUGCAUGAAUAUGCUCAGGAUGCUAUGUCAUAUGUUAGGCAUUAUGGCCGCCCAGACUUAUUUGUUACAUUCACAUGUAACCCAAAAUGGUCCGAAAUCAAAAAGGAAUUACUACAUAGCCAAACACCAAUUGAUAGACAUGACAUAACCGCCAGAGUUUUUAAACAAAAAUUAAAAUCUCUCAUGAAUUUUUUAAUAAAGCAUUGUGUGUAUGGCCGAGUCCGUUGUUGGAUGUACUCUGUAGAAUGGCAAAAGCGUGGAUUGCCACAUGCGCACAUUUUAGUCUGAUGAAAUAGUUGACCCAAAAUUGCAUGCAGUAGUUA